AUGGACGAUUCGAAACCACCGGCCGAUCUUCACGACCUCACCCUCACAGAUUCAUCCGCGCGACAUCGCUGCCUGAGGCCCGAGGACCGUGACGUGCCCUCGCCGAGCUCCCCAGCAGGCAGACGACAGCGGCGUGGUGAUCGCGAUGUCGAGCUACUAGCUGACCCGAACAUGGAUCUGAUCGAUUUUGACUCGGAUGAGGGAUUCUUUCAAGCCGCAGGAAAGAAAAAGAAGAAACAGACAACCUCCUUCAACUGGCUCGAAGACGAGAACGACAAGAAAGACGGCGACGGUACCGAGGAGGGCGGUGACGGCAACAAAGACCCAAAUGGCGGCGAUGCGGGCGCGGGUGGCAGCGCCGGCGGAGACGGUGGAGGCGACGAUGGCGGCAAGAAAGAGGAUGACAAGGCCGCCGCAGAAGCCGACGCCGAUGACAUCUGGGGCGAUUUUGCCACCGUCGGCAGCAAGAAGAAGAAGAACAAGGACAAGACCAGCGAUGCGUUUGGCCUGCCAGAGGUACCACCGGUGUCUACGGACUUUCACGAGAUCAAAUUGGAUGAUUCGGGGGGUGCAACCAGCCUAGGUUUCAGUCUGAGCCCAAAGACCGACAAGCCGAAAACGGGCAUCAGCGCGUGGACGUCGGGCUGGGGUGGCGGCAGCUGGGGCUGGGGAGGUCUCGGCGGCUCACAAACGGAAUCCAGCAAGCCUGCUCAAGAAGAGAAAACGGAGUACCCGGUUGACGACAGCCCGUGGGGCAUCAACCGCCCGAAGCCAAAGAAGAAGGAAACGUCUACUUUCUCUUUUGGGGCUCUUGACGAGGACGACGGAUCCAAGGACACGAACAGCUUCGACUUCUUAGGGGGUAGCAAGCCUGAGACGAAAGACGUGGGCGUGUUCACUUGGGGCGCGCCCAAACCCAAGACGGGCGAUGAUGAUUUCUGGGGCAGCCUGGGCAACAAGAAGGACGAACCGCCAAAGGAGCCCGAGAAACCAGUUGAGGAGGCCGCUGAUGAUAUCUGGGGGUUCUCCUCGACGAAAAAGGAUAAAAAGAAAAAGGGCAAGGUAGCUGUUAUAGACGAAUCACCAGCAGCAGAUGCUUUCCAAGAGGAAACACCGCCAGAGGCGCCCUAUGCUCCUCAAAUCAGCGAGAAUCCCCCAGAAGCUGCCUUGACGCCGGACGAGGAGGCCGAGCUUCUGAAGCUACAGACCAAGAAGGAUAUCGGCAGCAAAUUGACCAAAAAGCAGACGGACAGGUUUAAACUCCUGACCGACAAGGUCGAAGAAGCGGCCAAGGCGGCGGAGGCAGCAGGGUCCAAGUCCGCCGAGCCCGUGACUGGCGACACCCUUGAUUUGCUCGAUGAUGCAGGACCGCAAGCAGACGCUGACCCAGCAGACGGCUCCGGGCCCUUUGAUGCCGCCCAGGCCGAAGCGGACGAAAAGGCGCGGGUCAUCCAGGAGGAAGAGGAAGAAAUGGCCCAGCUCCGGGGGAAGAAGAAGCUGAAAAAGGCCGACAAAGACCGCCUACGAAUUCUGGAAGACCGCGCCGAUGAACGCCUCCGAGAAGCCGAAGACAAAGCAGCCGCCGGCGGCAGCAACGGGCAAGAGGACGCCGCCCCUGAAUCCGUCGACGCUCCAUCCGGAGACACGGCCCCAGAAGAUCCUGUGCCCGAAGUCGACGCCGCACAGGCCGAGGCGGACGAGAAGGCCCGAAUCGCUCAAGAGGAAGAGGAAGAGAUGGCCGAGCUCCGGGCCAAAAAGAAGCUGAAAAGAGCGGAUAAAGACAGGCUCCAGGAACUCGAGGACCGGGCCGAAAGUCGAGCUCGCGAGGCAGAGGAAUUGGCCGCCGCCGCGCAGGCAGAAGCCGAUGCCGCUCAAGCUGCAGCUGCACAAGCUGAAGCAGAUGAAAAGGCCAGGAUCGUCCAGGAAGAGGAGGAAGAGCUGGCCCAACUUCGUACAAAAAAGAAGUUGAAAAGCGCUGACAAGGAGCGACUCCGAAUCCUCGAAGAAAAUGCAGACUUGCGCGCCCGUGAAACUCAAGCCGCUCAGCCGGAAGAACCCGCCCCAGAGAGCGGCGCAGACAGCAACGAAUCCAAGAGCGACGAAACGGCCCCAACGUCCGUUGACGACGCCGGCGCACAGGCCGAGAAGGACGAGGCAGCCCGGCUCAUCGAGGAGGAAGAGAUGGAGAUCGAACUGUUAUUGUCCAAAUCGAAGCUCAAAAAGGCCGAUAAAACCAGGCUCAAGGAACUCCAAGACAACAAGGAAAGACGCGAGCAAGAUGCCGCAGCCAAGGCAGACGCUGACGCCGUCCCGGACACCAUCGAGCCUGCAGUCGACGAAGGCCUACCGCCAGCCGACGAUACGCCAGCUAGUGGCGAUGGCGUGGAGCCAAACCCGAGCGAGGAGGACGAGCUGGCCAAAAAGCUGAUCGAAGAAGAGGAGCUCGAACUCGAGUUGUUGCUGUCCAAAUCCAAGCUCAAAAAGACGGAAAAGGCACGCCUGAAGGUCCUUCAGGACAACAAAGACCAGCGAGAAUACGAAGCCGCUGCUAAAGCCGCGUCUGAACCGAGCCCCGACAGCGCCGAGCCACCGGCUGAUGGCGCCAUUGACAGUGGCCCGGUCUUGGACGAGGCCCCUGUGGACGAGACCGCGGCGCAAGACGCAUUGAUCGCCGCGGAGGAGAGCGAGUUUACAGAUCUCUUGUCAAAGGCCAAACUCAAGAAGACAGAAAAGGCGCGGCUCAAAGAGCUCCAGGACCGCAAGGAUCAACGCGACGAGGAGGCCAGGAUGGCUGCAGAGAAAGCCGAACAAGAAGCCCGAGAGCUCGAGGAGCAGAAGCGCCGCGAGGAAAUCGAGGCCGAGGAGGCCGAGAUCGCCUCGCUCAAGUCCAAAAAGAAGCUCAAGAAGUCUGAGAAGGACCGGCUCUCCGAGUUGGAAUUCCGAGCUCAAGACCGCGCAUCGGCCGAAGCUGACAAGUUGGCCACGGAGCUACUCAAAGAAGACGCCGAAAACGAGGUCAAGAAGGACGAAACGAAGGUCUCCAAAGGCUUCUCCUGGGCCGAUGACGAUCCAGCCGACGACAACGGCGCAGGCGACGACUGGAUGAACUGGGGCCUGAGCAGCUCGAAGAAGUCCAAAAAGAAGGACAAGUCGAGCCCUCUGAUUGAGUUCGACGGCACCAGUGAUCCUAUAGCUAUUCCGGACGCGCCGCCAGCCAUCCCCGAGGCGGACGCCUUCGACUUCGGCUGGGGCAAGCCGAAGAAGAAAGACGUGCAGACGCCUGCUGAUGACCUCUGGAGCUUCGGUGGCGGGUCCAAGAAGAAGUCGAAAAAUAGCGCCGCUGAGGUGGUUGACGACCCGAUCAAGCCCGAUUUGAUGGGUGACACCAAGGACAAGAUGGGGGAGACGACUUUUGAAGUCGACGCGCACGAUGCCGGGGAUGCAUGGGACGACCCGAGCGGCUCUACGGAGCUCAGUAGGAGCAAGUCCAAGUCGUCCGACAAGGACUCCAAAAAGUCCUCGAAAGAGCCCAAGCUCAGCAAGAAGGAGCUCGAGAAGCUGGAGAAGGAGAAGAAAAAGGCCGAGAAAGAGCAGAAGGAGCGCGAGAAGCGCGAGGCCGAGGAAGCGGCCGAGAAAGAGAGGAUCGCAGAAGAGGAGCGACUGGCGGCCGAAGCCAAGGCUGAAGAAGAGAGGCUGGCACGCGAGGCUGAGGAUCUGGCCAGGCAAGAAGAGGAGGCGAAGCAGGCAGCUAUCGAUGCUAUCGCGCUGGAGGAGGCCGACCUGGCCGUCUUGCAGGCCAAAAAGGACUCCGGCAAGAAACUCACCAAGAAGGACAAGGAAAAGUAUGACAAGCUCUCUGCCAGCUGCCAGGCCCGCGCGGACGAGAAGGCCGCGCAGGAGGCCGCCGAGCAGGCCGCACGUGACGAGGAGGAAAGGCUGGCACGCGAGGCUGAGGAGCUCGCCCGCCAGCAGGAGAUCGAGAAGGAGGAGGCCGAGCUCCAGGAGCUGCAGAAGAAGAAAGACUCCGGGAGGAAGCUGCUCAAGAAGGACAAGGAGAAGUACGACAUGCUGCGCGCCAACAAGAAAGCCCGAGACAAGGCUGCCGAAGCGGCCAGUGCCCCCAAGGCCGACGACGACCUCGACAAGGAUCUCGCCAAGCUGGACGCGAACCAGCUGGACGAGCUGGACCAGCUCCUGUCCUCCCCCCACAAAGUCCACGGCAAGGGCGGCGGAGCUACUACGAGCCGUAGCGCCGCGGUUGAGAACUCGACGUCCAAGGAUGUCGUAGCUGGUGCCUGGUCCGCCUGGCAGGACACGUACCCAUCGUCGCGAUCCAAGCACGAGACAAAACUUGGGGGCGAGGUCGACCAACAUGUGCUUGACAUCGCGCCCAGCGUGCCAGCCUCUACUCCAUCACCAACACUCAUGAAGGGUCGAAAGUCCGUGGGUGGCAAGGUUGCUGACAGAUUAAAGGCAUUUGAGGCUACCAUUCCGCCACCUCCUCCUGCGCCAGUUGUUGACGCUAUCCCGCCGCCUCCUCCACCGCCACCGGUGGAGCCAGCGGCUGAGGACGUCAAAAAGAAGAAGAAAUCCAAGAGCAGGGCUGCUGAUAUUCCUGGCAGCUUCCCCGUCGAGGACGAUGAGCAGCUCCCAGACGAUAUAGUCGAGGUCAUCGAAAUGUCGCCCAAGAGCAAGAAGAGCAAGAAGUCAAAGUCCAAGACCGAGGAUGCCGCCUCCAUCCCGCCUCCGCCUCCGCCUCCUCCCGCCGUGCCAGACGCACCUCUCUCCCCACCUCCCGAGGUCGUGGUCGAGCCCAAGAGGGAGGGCAAGAAGGAGCGGGCCAAGAUCAACCGCGACGGCGGCUCGAGCUGGGGAAUGUGGUCCGCGUCGACACCAAGCGGCAAGGAGAAGAAGUCUUCCAAGUCCAAGGCCCCCGAGGAGCCCAAGCGUGAAAAGAAGCGCAGCGAGCGCGUCAAGGACAUGGCCAAGGAGACCCCGGUGCGGCCCAAGCUCAUGAGUGUGUUCAAUAGCACACCCCCGAUUUCUCGGACCAUGUCAACGCGCGAAAAACGACACAAGGAGGGCAAGUCGUCACGCCGCAGCUCAUUCGAUGUGCCGAGUGGUAUCGUUUCUCCGCCGCCCGAGGAUGAGGUGCCUACCAUGAGCUCCAAGGCGGCCAAGAUCCUGGGCGUGGGCAUCGGCGACUCGCUGGGAAGGUCCAGCAGCAAGCGCAAGAAGAGCUCCAGGGCAGCUGAAGAAGAUGACAUCGUCAUGGUUGGUGCCAACGAUGCCGCGGAGUCGAGCCCCGAGAAGUCCUCGCGCCGGAGGCAUAAGCAAUACCCGCGUGAUGACGACGACAUUGUCAUGGUCGACGCGGCAGACGCAACUCCGCCUCCAGGCCUUCGACGGUCGAAUACCAGCGGAUCUACCAAGAAGGGCUUUGGGGGUUUAUUCGGUGGAAUAUUGUCGACCCCGAAGACUGACACGAGACCUGAGCCUCGCCGACGGAACACGCACCACAGCACAGACGUCGAGGAUGCAGCUGCAGCAACUGAUGUCGACGCUGAGGCGCGGAAAGCUGCUCGUCGCCUACGGAGGGCCGAGAGGGAAGCCGCAGACAAGGAGGGAGAGGACUCUCGCCGUGCCAAGGACGAGGCCCGCCGCGAGAAGCGUCGAAAGCAGGAAGAGGAAGAACGUGAGGCGCGGCGCGCUGAGCGACGCGCAGCCAGAGCACGUCAAGAGGAGGAGCGUAAAGCUGCUGAAGAAAAGGAGGCUGCCCGGGAAGAGCGCAAGAGGCAGAAGCGGCUCGAGCGUCAACAGGAGCGGGAAGGCGCUACGGCAAACGGCGAGACCGCUGUUGAAGACGACGAAGCCAGGCGCGCUGCACGGCGCGAAAGGCGCAAAGCCCAUGCUGUCGAGAGCGACCGUGAGCAUGAGCGACGGCAUGCCGAUGACGACGAAGAGCGCCGUCGACGCCGAGCUGAGCGGCGCGCUGCUCGUGACCCGGCAGAGGGCAAAUCAUCGUCCCGGAGGCAUUCCGAACGCUCAGAUGAUGACUUCGGCCGUCCGUCCAAGAUUUCGCGUCGACACACCGAUGGCUUGGACAAGCUGUCCCGGAAGGCUGAACCGAAUCCAACCCCGUGGCCGUACUCAGGGACGUCCAGCUGGGUCAAGGACCACAGUGACGCGGGUCCACCGCCCGAAGACGCGGAGAUGCCCAACGAAGCCAUGGACGACAUGGACGAUGCCGCCCGCCACGAACGAAGGCGGCGGAGGAAGUAUGGCGAUGGGGUGGUCGACAUAGAAGUCGGCGACGAGGACGGUGAGCGCAGGCGCAGGAAGAGAAGGGAAGAGAGAGCAGGGGGCAGUGAUGGCAGCGGAGAGAGGAAGAGGCAUAGCUAUGUUGGGGACGCGUAUGCCACCACGACGCCCAGGAGCAGCGCCAGCAGCUGGUGGAAAAAGCUGAAGGGCAACUGA